AGACGCACCGCCCCCACACGCCCUGACCAAUCGCGCGCUCUCCGGUUGCGCCGGCGCCUUCUGGACUCCGGUUCCACCGUUGCUUUUGCUUCUUUGCUCGCCUUCCCUUUCGGACUUGCGCGGUCGGAAAAAGGCGCGCUCGCGUGCAGCUUACUGCGCAUGUGCGUUGCCAGGGGUAACGCGGGGAGCCAAAGUGGUUUGUGGAGUGGCUACUGUUACUGGUUACUGAGGCGGUUGCCGAGACUGUCGCAGAGACUCGGAGGAGGAGCCCGAGGCGUGAGGGAAGCCGCGAUGAGGGCCGUGUUGACGUGGAGAGAUAAAGCCGAGCACUGUAUAAAUGACAUCGCAUUUAAGCCUGAUGGAACUCAACUGAUUUUGGCUGCUGGAAACAGAUUACUGGUUUAUGACACCUCUGAUGGCACCUUACUUCAGCCCCUCAAGGGACACAAAGACACUGUAUACUGUGUGGCAUAUGCAAAGGAUGGCAAGCGCUUUGCUUCUGGAUCAGCUGACAAAAGCGUUAUUAUCUGGACAUCAAAACUGGAAGGCAUUCUGAAGUACACGCACAAUGAUUCUAUACAGUGUGUCUCCUACAAUCCUGUUACCCAUCAACUGGCAUCUUGUUCCUCCAGUGAUUUUGGUAGGUUCUGAUUCCUGAUGUCCUGUCUUGGAAUAACUGAAAAUCUGGGCUAAAAAUGCUGGAAUGCAUUCAA